AAUUUUAUAUGUUUUUCAAAGGAUUUUGGAAAAUCACCAAAUCCACACGAAGUUUCCUCAUAAAUUUUUCCCCAAAAACUAUUAAAAAACCCAUCCUAUUAAAUAUGUUGCUCUUACGUAGUCCUCCCAUCCUAACUAAAUUAGCACGUAAUUUCCACAAAAUUGCUCUAACUCAACCGAAUAUAUUAAAUCAACAAGUCGAAAAAGUCGAUCCAUAUUCCAAAAUAAAAAUCAAUUCACAAAUCAAUGUAAAAAUACGUCCAUACAAUGUUUUGGAAUGCCAAGAUUCCAAUUUGCUUCGUGCAACAAUACGAAGUGCUGUCGAUGGCAAACCAUCAAAAGCUCAAUUGGAUGUAAAAAUUAAAAAUAAAAAUGUUGAAAUUACAAGUAAAACAACAUCCACCGGCAAAGAAGCUGAAGAGCUUGUUUGUCUGUUGGAGGUACCAAUUAGAGCUGAUCUUUUAAUCGAUACCGAAUCAGAAGUUAGCAUUGCUGACAUGUAUUGUGAAGAAUUGAAUGUUAUUUCAAAUAAAAAUAUUGACACAAAGAAUGUAAGAAGCACUACGGUUGACUUGUUUUCCAAAAAUGGAAAUAUCAAUUGCAAUGGAUUGCUUCUGGGACAAAAGAUCAAUAUUAAAACUAAUACCAAUGGGUCAAUUUUCUUAGACAAACUUCAGGGUGACUCAAUCAAUUGCCACACAAUUGAUGGCAACAUUAAAACCAACUCUUGUUAUGUAGAGUCUUCAAAGUUCACAACCGAUAAUGGAACAUUGGAUUUGAAAAAUAUCCACAAGACCUCGGAAGUCUGUGUCAAUAAAAUGGGAGACCUUUUCAUGACUGGUGUUCAUGGAAACAUUCAAAUUAAAUGUAACGGUGGUGGCAAUGUCAACGUUCAAUUAUCUGAAAUUGUUGGUAACAACAAAAUUGUCACCCAAACAGAAGACAAUGUUAUUAUAAACAUUUCCGAUCAAAUUGAAGAGACUUCAUUUAUUGAAGCCACCUCGAAGAAAUUCACUUUGGACGAAUCUCUUUCGCAUUUAUCUGAUUGUAUUGAAAAUGAUAAUCAUUUCCGAAUGAGCAAGGAACAGGACAAUUGCAACAAGUUGGUAAUUGAAUCGAAGGGGAAUUUAAUUUUGGGCAAACUCUCUUGGGCUGAUAGCAUGAAAAUAGCAAUGGGAUUGAAAGAAAUAUGAUUGUUGGUUGUUGUUAGAUGCUUGGAGGGUUAUGUAAAAGUGAUUUAUUUAUUUUCUUGCAAUAAGAUGUUUUAACUACUAACUUGUUUUACACACAAUCAAAAGUUCAAAAAAAAAAAAAAAAGUAAUUAAAAG